AACCAAACUGAUCAUGAUUAAAUCAAUUUUAUUCGUUAUUUUAAUCAUCGAUUCAUCUUUUUUCAUUAAUUGUGAUGAAGUUUCCCCACUUUUGAAUAAUACUUGUAAAACUUUUAUGGAAUUGGUAACUAACGGGACUCAUGAGAAAUACAUGGAAGAUAUAGAUGAUUGUAUGAAAAAUAAUUUACCCGAAAAUGUUUACGAUGCUUUGGUCAAAUGUGAAAAUAUUUUACCGUUCAGGACAAACGAAGAAGUGACCAAGGCUUGUUCUGGCAUUGAAAUCAACUCGAAAGCAUUUGAAGAGUCCAUUAGAUGCAAGCAAAAAACAGUUACGGGUGGUUUCAAAAAGUAUUGGUCCUGUAUAUUCAGCAUAUUGAAGGAACAAUUCACCGAUAAAUGAUGGAUAGUUGGUUAUGCAUAUCAACAAUAAAAUCUGAUAAACUUAAUUUUUUGUUCGAUUGUUCAAGGAUAAACACUUAAAUGAUCGUUGAUU